AUGACAAGUCUUUCCAUCUCCGUCGUGGCUCUGACGCCGUUUCGGCCUCAGACUCAGACCCGCCUUACAAAACUCAGUUUCCGAACGAAUCUCCGCUCACUCAAUCUCAAAUCGACAAGGAUUAGCACGAAAGUUAGAGGUUUGGGUGGCAAUCGGAAGGAUUCGAGAUUCGUAGAUGAAAAUGGCGCGAUUGAUGACAUGGAAGGUUUCUUAGACAACCUCUCUCUCGAAUAUGAUUCCGUCUGGGACACGAAGCCCUCCUGGUGUCAGCCAUGGACGAUAAUGCUAACGGGUCUAUCAAUAGUGGCAUGUAGCUGGUUAAUACUACAUUCGGUUCUAGUUUCAUCGCUUGCCGUUGGUUUAAUUGCCGCUUGGUGGUACAUUUUCCUCUAUAGCUACCCAAAGUCGUAUUCAGAAAUGAUUGCUGAAAGAAGGAAAAGAGUAGCUGAUGGUUUCGAAGAUACAUACGGCAAAAACAAGAGUUUAUAG